AUGCUGCCAGCUCCCGCCGCGCCCAGCUUCCUGUCUCCCGCCCUUCUUUCCUACCACCCGGGGCCUGCCAUUAGCCACCACCAGGCCCACCCUCAAGUCAUGCCGUGUGACCCCAGCCCGUGGGACUGCGCCCAUGCGGAGCGCCUGGCCUCUCCCUCGACGUGGUGCACUGUCAGGUCCCCGCCACACCUUGGCCAUGACGUUGGGGGCCCCCAGUCCUUAUCGCACCAUAUUUAUGUGCCAGCCCUAGUUCCUGCCGCCGCCGGUUCCCUGCCUGGCCCACCCGUCUCUGGUACCGACCUCGCCGGCAUUGGGGUCGGCCCCGGAGCUGCCAAAAGCGACGACAGUGGCGAGCUGCGGCUUGCUGUACCUCCACCCCUGCACGGAGGGGUCGCGCCAAUACAUCUGGUUGGGCCCGCGGUUAGCGGCGUGAUUUCCUCCUUUCCGGCCGACCUGUCCGGCUACGACCUGUCGGCCUUCCCUGCGCAAGGACACUUUGUUCCGCCCGCUCCCAUUGGCCCGGAGCCGCUACAGCGUCCCCCCGAACCGCUACCGGAUUCUAGCUGGCAAUCCGACUAUGCUUGGCGCUCCACGCAUGUGAGCUUUACAGACCCUUUAGACUGCCCUUCGGGUUAUCAGCCGCAUAGUCCCUCCGGAAAUGUCACGACACACGAGUCUUCACAUGUUGCCCAACCCGCCAGAAGUAAUAUCGUCCCCGCACGGCCUCAGAAGGCUAUCGCGCCCUUGUCUAGUCUCGACAAGUCCCAGGCGUCUCCUGCCUUUGCUGCCACUUCCGGACCUUCUCGCUAUAGCCAAAAUCGCCAGAAGAUGGAGCCAUACAUGUCCCGGUUGCAAAAGGGACCCUGUGGUAUCGGUGGUGUUGGGACUGGCGGCCCUAACGGUGGUCGUCCUGCCUGCAAGACUUGCCGAGAUAGGCAGGAGAGAAAUACGAAUCCGGAGCUUGUAGUCCUGUGCUACAGACUGGAUCUCAAGGACUGCUGCGUGUUCAGGAGAGGCAAGCAAGCCCUGUCCUCAUCCCCACUCCAUCGGGUGGAAGGCAGGGAGACAAUGUGCUGGGAUCCUUCGAAUGCGGGGAUCACAUCGCUCCAGGUCAAGAUGACGGGCCUAAUUGGGUCAAAGCCCCUCGAGGUACAGUGCCGCUCGUUUCGCCAGGUGGGUUGCGACCGCCUUGGGAAGAACAUCGGAGGCUCAACCCCCGGCGAGGUCUGGACGCUCCCACCUUUGGCCGCCACACGCUUUGCAGAAAUCAGAAGAGCUCUGGAGGAGGACUCCCUCGGCUGGUGUGUUGGCUUCAUCAGCGCGCUCCGAAGCCCCCAUCUUAACCGGAACGCUCAAACGCUCGCUGAAUGGCUUUAUGUGGCGCGGCAGUACGCGCUCUGGACGGGGGCGAACCUCGCCCACGUCGAGAGGGGUCUAACGGGCGAAGAGACACUGAACAUCAGACAGGUGCAGGACGAGGGGUCGGCACUCAACGGCCUCGUCCCCAUCCCUCCGAUGCUCGACCUCCAGAUCGACACGGUAAUCAUCAGGUGGAUGUGUGUGGUGCAGGAUGAUUUGAUGAAGGAUGUCUUCAAAAAGAUCCGUGAUAAGAACAAGCAGCACUUUCUGGACAUAUUCCUCGCCAUUUUCGUGCUUUGCUGCACGGCCGAGUGUGUAGCACGCGAGCAGGAGGAGUUCGUCAAGGAAUAUGCAGCAUCCGGGGCGAGUCUCACUGUCUCCCACUUCCAAGACGGCAUGGGCUCGGGCCCCCAAACCCCCUAUCUGGCAGCGCGCGAGAAGCUAACCUCGAGAUGA